CAGAGUUAACCGCUUCUCCCAUUCCCUCUCUAACAACACGAACAGCUUCAAUUGAGCUCCAGACCUUCACUUCAGGCCAUCUUCAUCCAACCAAACUUCAGCUGCAAUGAAGCGGAAGCCGCUCCGAGAAGCGGCGACUGAGCUUGAUCGGCCGCUGCGUUCACAGCCACAGCUCAAUUUCGCCGUUCCGAAGAAUCUCCGAUCGAAGCUUCCUCGUAGAUGUCGUUCUAAGGUAUCUCCGGUUCUCUACUCAUCGUCCAUUUCACAGUCCACUCUGCUGUCAGCAGAGGAUUCAUUCGCUUCCCGCAGAUCUUCGGCAGUUAAGACUAAAUCUAGUGUAACUGAGGGGAAGGAUGCUCAAAUGGAGUUGUCGGAGUGUUCGUGCGUGGAAUCGAAUUCUAGAGGUUUUGGAGGCGGCAACGAGUUGAAGUUCAAACUGAAGCACAGUGGAAGUACGAAUGAAACUGAGGAUUCCAAUGCGGUUGUGCGUUCGGAGGUUUCCAGCGUUGAGAUAUUUUCACUCUCCAGGGAAUCUAGGAAGCCUGACAGUCACAACGGGAGCGUAAAGGGAAAGGCAAAUGAAAUCGACGAGAACGAGAUUUCGAGUCAAAUGAAAAUCCCCGGUGAAGCAUCAAAGUUCACUAAGGAGAAAGUGAAACGAAGCGAGGAUGCGCUUGAGUUCAGCGAAAACGAUGUCGUAUCACUUAACUCUGCCUUGGAGUCCGCUGCUGAAUCGAAAUUUGCUGAGAAUAGAGUAUUUGGUGACGAAGUCUCUAAUCCAGAAUCUGCUGCUGGUUACGUACAGAAUUCCCUUGCAACCGAGUUUGAUCUGGAAUGUUCAGAGCAGUUAUCUAAAGGCGAUGACGCUCUUGAUGACUACUCCUCGGCGUACUCUGAGCUUCAGUGGGAUUCUCUCCAGGAGAGCUCCGAGUUGGAUUGCUCCGAGUAUAGUCCGUCAAUUUGGUACGACUCCGGCAGCCAAUUCUCUGAGCAAUAUAACAGUGAUGAUCAUCCUUCAAAUACUUUCCGGUUGUUCCGUCAAUUCAGUGAAGAGUUCUACAGGUCAACCUACUCUCUGGAAGAUUCUCUGGAAGAUCACAACAUUUACGCUGACAUUACAUUGGGGUUGGAAGAUGAGGAUGAGGAGAGCUACAGGUUGCUGAGAAGAAGAGAGCGAAGGCAAGUGUAUAUACGGGACUAUGCAAAGGAGUACUGCUCGGGCACAGGCUACGGCGAGCUCAUUGUUAAGCAGCGGCUGAAGAUGGUCCACUGGAUUGUCGAGCAAGCCACAAAGAAAGAACUUCAAAAGGAGACAAUGUUCUUAGGAGUUAACCUCUUCGACCGGUUCUUAACAAAAGGCUACUUCAGAAAGGAGAAUAAUCUUCAAAUUGCUGGAAUUGCUUGCCUCACUCUUGCGACCAGAAUUGAAGAAAACCAGCCUUUGAAUUGUAUUCGCAAUAAGACAUUCGACAUAGGAAUGAAGGUAUACAGCAGAAGCGAAGUGGUGGCUAUGGAGUGGGUGGUACAGGAGGUUCUUAACUUCCAAUGCUUCCUUCCCACCAUUUACAACUUCUUAUGGUUCUACCUGAAAGCUGCUAGAGCUAGCGAAAUGGUGGAAAAGACGGUUAAAUAUCUGGCACUAGUGACACUACUAGGCCAUGAGCAUUUGAAUUACUGGCCCUCAACUGUAGCUGCUGGGUUGGUUAUCCUCACUUUAUCAUCCAUGGGUCUGCAUGCCUCCUGCAACCUUGUCACACAGUCUCAUUCCAGAACCAAAGACCGUGAUCUACCCAAAUGCAUAAAGAGCUUGAAGUGUUUGGGGUGCUACAACAAAAUUCAACACGUAUAAGCAUCCCCCAAGUCCUCAACGCAUAUACUCUUUAUAGAACACCAACUACUCCUCAAUACUACCUCAGAAGGUAUCAAUAACAGGUUG